UAUCUCUUUACCUCAUUUCGAUCGAGACAGGUGUAGAAUCAGUAAGGUGGUCGAGCUUGUGUGUUAUUUUGGUGGAAAACGUAAAGAAAAGUUAAAAUGACGAGUAUAGAGACCGUGGGUGCUUUAAUUUUGAAGAUUCUUAAGUUGGUACUCAAUUUGAUCAUCCUGAUUUUGUAUAGAACCGGAUACGGCGGUGGAUUUUUGGGAGUCGGCGGAACAUGGAAUUUAAACGAAGAGAAGAAUCCAGAUGCUGAAAUUGUCGCGUCUGGAGUCUUCGUAGGAUACUUUAUCUAUACUUGCGUCUCCAUCAUAAGUUUAUGCUUUGCGACAGCCGAUCACAAAAACACCUUCACUGACAUUUUAAUGAAUAUUAUUGGCGUGUUCUUGUGGGUGGCAGUAGGGGCUACAGCUCUUCACUACUGGAGUGGUUACCUCGUGGAACACAAAUAUCUAACAUCUGCUUCAGAACGAGAGGUCGGUCUUGCGAUGGGUUCUUUGUGUAUACUAAGUGGAGCAGCUUACCUUGUUGACACAGUCUUGGCCAUAAUUUUCGUUAUCAAAGCCAAAAUGUAAUUUUUUAUAUCCAAUUUUGUAUUUAUCUUAGCGACGAGUAAAUUUUUUUUAUAAAAGCUACGCUAUUCGGAUACAUUUUAAUUUUUUGUUUAAUAUCAUCAUUCAUCACCAUGAUUCAAAACUUUGUGAAUAGCUAUGCAGUUUCUAACCAUGAUAGCGUAACGUUAUAAGAAAUAACUCUCUCAUUAGCUUCCAAUGAAAUUCGAACUUCUUUUUUGUCGUGUUUUUGAUAAUUUAGUGGUGAAUUAUAAGAAGUUUGAAUUUCUGUCGAAUCAUAUGUAACUUACAGCAUCCAUGUGACAAAUCUUGGAAAAAUUUUGAAGUAUUAUUAAGUAUCUUAGAUUUGGUUAAGAAAUAAAAAAUUACAAAAAAUGAUCUUGGUUCCAUGAUGGUGAAAAAGUAUACGGUCUUUUAAUAUGUAGCUGAUAUAAAAAAUAGUUUAUUACGAGUAUUAAUUAGAGUGAAGUAUCUUCUAAAAAUAUAGCUAAGUUAGUUUUAUUUCCGAAUUUUGGGGCAUUAAUAUAGAAUCUGUACCUCAUGUAUGGCCAGAUCACUUUUUGUCAUGCCUUAGUGGUAAUUUUAAUGAAAUUUUUGUAUUGAUUUGUAUUCUUCAUUAUAUUUAUUCAUCGACAGUGUGCUAUCAUUAUCCAAAACGUUCCACUUCGCAUGGAAUUUUCAUAUCAGACUUUGCAUUUACGCAGGAAAUAAAUAUUUUAAUGCGUACAUAGUUUACCUUAUGUUUGUUAUUUGUUGUGAAUAGCGUUAAUAAAGUUAGUGAAUUUUGUA